AGAAAAUUUCCAGAAAACGAGCGUAGUGGUGGUGAAUCACUGACUCUUCUCUCUUUCGCUCGUCGCUGCGAAAGAGCAUUUGUUUUCGUUUACGCGUUUCUUUUUCUCGUUGAGUGCAUUUGUUCUAGAAUUUGUGUAUUAGUCUAAGAAGAUCAUUACUGUUUACAUACCACCAAUGGAUGAAGCAUUGAAUGAGAAUGCUUCUGGCAGUGAGAGCGAUGCUUCGUCAGUCGCGAGCAAUCUCCAUGAUGAUGAGAUUAUCCCUUGGUUCUUUUCAAGAGAAGAGAUCGAAAGAAACUCACCGUCAAGGCGAGAUGGUAUUGAUUUGAAGACUGAAACUCGCCUACGCGACUCAUACUGUACAUUUUUGGAAAUACUCGGCGAAAGAUUGAAAGUUCCCCAGGUAACAAUAGCCACUGCUAUAUUUUUCUGUCACCGAUUCUUCCUUCGUCAAUCACAUGCGAAAAAUGACAGACAGACGAUUGCAACAGUCUGCAUGCUCCUAGCUGGGAAGGUUGAGGAAACUCCAGUGACAUUAGAAGACGUUAUUAUUGCCUCAUAUGAGAGAAUACACAAGAAGGAUCUUGCUGGUGCUCAGAGAAAGGAAGUAUAUGACCAACAGAAAGAGCUUGUAUUAAUCGGAGAGGAGCUUGUUCUUUCUACAUUGAACUUUGAUCUCUGUAUUAGCCACCCUUAUAAACCUCUUGUAGAAGCAAUUAAGAAAUAUAUGGUUGAAGAUGCUAAGACCCAACUUGCCCAAUUUGCAUGGAAUUUUGUCAACGAUUGUCUGCGAACGACACUCUGCCUGCAGUAUCAGCCUCAUCACAUAGCGGCAGGUGCUAUUCUCCUUGCUGCUGAGCUGCCAACAGUGGACUUACAAUCUUACAGAGAGGUCUUGUGUCAAGAGUUUGAUAUCACACCUUGUCAAUUAGAAGAUAUCCGAGGCCAAAUACUUGAGCUUUAUGAGAGAAUUCCUACAUCUCAAGAAAGCAAAGUUGAAAGUAGUGGUGGUGUGGCCGUAGUGCAUCAACCUAUAUCUAGAGAUAUGGCUUCCACAGAGAAGUGUCCAAGUUCUGAUAUUGAAGGAGGCUCAUCGCAAGUCAAUCUAAGCCAGAGCGAUGAUCAUUCAGUCCACGAUGGGUCUAGGUCUGAAGGAAUUGGAGAGGUGAACUCAGAAAGUGAAGCUCAAAAGAAUCUACAGGACCAUUCUGUUGGUAAUAUAAUGGUUGAGAAAAGUGAUGAUGUUGGGGUCGUCCAAUUGAAGAAAGACUUGCAACUGCAUCAAGAGGAGGUUGAGUCUAAACAAGAGAAAGAUAAGAAGUCAUUUGAAAAAGAUAUAACGAAAAUAGAUUUGAUGGAUGAGAAGGAUUUGACUGAAAGUGAAGUAGAAGAUGAGAUUAACAAAACAAUGCAGACAGGAAGACAAAUCUUUAUGAAAGUUGAGGACCCUGAUGACAACAUGACUGUCGAACACAGUGAGAUUCGAAAUGCAAACAACUCAGGUGUUGAUGAUGAAUUGGUGGCUGAUACUUGUCUGAUAAAUGACAGUGAUUUGUAGGAAAUGGUCGUUGAAGAUGGUGAAAUAGUGGUUUAGAUGUUUAGCUCAGAAGCUUUCGAAGAGAACCAGUUUUGGUCCUGAGAAGAGCUUUUUAACUAGGUGAGUUUUGGAGAGACAACUAUUAUAUGUUUUCUCCAAAAGACGAAGGUUUAGUUUCAAGAUUUGUGGUAGAUCAUGACUUUGAAUCUUUUCUCACUCUUAAGACUUUUAACUACAGUGGAACGAGAGCAAGUUCUCCUUGCAUCGUCAAUGUGUUGUGUAAUGUCCUAAAGUUCUCUUAAACAUUGUGGUAUAGUUUCAAGAUUUGUGGUAGAUCCUUUUCAUUCAAGUAAAUUGGGUUUCAUGAC